AUGGCGCCUAGCCAGCAACGAGAAACUCCCGGGAGGGUUCGCAUUGUGCUUGGUGUGGACUAUGGCACCACGUACUCCGGUGUCAGCUAUGGAACAACCGACAAGACGAAUGCGGCCGACGUGACCGUCAUACGAUCGUGGCCAGGCAGGGACGGCGAAUGGAAGGUUCCCUCGCGCAUAGCUUAUGAGCGCGAGAACAACACGUUUGGUCUGACUCAAAAUGCUUGGGGUUACGACGUCCAACCGUCCAUGGUGUCUUACUCGUGGACCAAGCUACUACUUGACCAGAGCGCUGGUCCUCCUCAUGAUGAUCCGGAUUUCCGGCUGGCGCUGGAUCAAGGAAUGUUGCGUCUGCCAUCGAACUACACAGCUCAACGUGUCUGCGGUGAUUUCUUGAGAGAGGUCUACAACUACUCGACAGCGCAACUUAUCAAACAGAUCUCGAAGGAGGUCUUCGACUCGACACCUGUAGACUGCUGGUUAACAGUGCCGGCUGUCUGGUCUGACCAGGCUCGGGAUUCGACACGGACUGCGGCCUAUGCUGCAGGCUUUGGUUGUCGACCUCAGGAUACAAUCAAUAUCAUUAGCGAGCCAGAAGCAGGGGCUAUCGCGGCGCUGCACAAGUAUACUCACCCAAGCUCUUUAAACAAACCGCAAGUGGGCGAGAGCAUCAUGGUCUGCGAUUGCGGCGGUGGGACGGUCGAUAUCACGACGUACAUGAUUACUGAUACCACGCCAAGGCUGGAGUUCCGGGAAGUAUGUGUCGGCAUAGGUGCAAAGUGCGGUGCGACGUAUGUCGAUCGUAAUCUACAUAAGCUCAUGCGUCAGAGAUUUGGCCAGGCAUUCAAUGAAGUCGAUAUGAAACGCAAAGGUCCUGGUAGCCGGUUCAUGAACUCCUGGGAGAGUGUCAAGCGUGGGUUUGGAUCAGCAGGCGACUCUCGCGUCCAAGAAAUUGGCCCACUAGUCAUGAAAGGUGUCAAUUCAUCACAGUACUACGACGAAGACGAUAGUCUGGUUCGACUGACCAGGACGGACGUCGAAAGCCUCUUCGCGCCCGUUGUCGACGAAAUUCUGAGCCUGCUUGUCGACCAGAAGAUAGCCAUCGAGCAACUUGGCCAUGCACUCGACCGCCUUGUCCUUGUGGGCGGAUUUGGUGACUCAGACUACCUCUGUUCACGUCUUAAAGAAUGGUGUACCUUCAAUGGUGAUCUAAAACUUCUGGUCUCGGAGCACCCACAAGCAGCAAUCGUUCGGGGCGCCGCCCUACGGGGCAUGGGGGCAGUCGCUCCAACUCAGAGAUGUUGCAGAAGGAGUUAUGGAGUAGGAACUAGUCAGCCUUUCCGGGAUGGUCUUGAUCCCGAAGCAAGGGCGUAUACAAGUCAGUGGGAUGGCUCGAAGAGAUGCCUCGGUAGAAUGGAUUGGCUGAUCUUGAAGGGCGCUUCCAUAACCAAAGAUACCCGAGGCGCGGUCCACUUGAGUAUACCCGCUACGAACGUCGAUGACAUGAAGAUGACAUGCACUCUGUACAGUUCUGCCCUGGAUUUUCCACCGGAAUAUACGGAUGGGCCAGGUGUUCAAGUGGUCGGACACAUAUUCGUCGACUUCACUCGAAUGGACAAGGCUCGAAUGCCACGACGUCGAGAAGGCAGGUUCGGCAAGACGAAGUGGAAUUUACCAUUCAGCAUCGAGGUUGUAUUUGGUUCUGGGACCGGUGUACUGGAGUUCAGGACUGUUGUCGAUGGCAUCGUAUCUGGCUUCGCAGUAAUUUCUUUCGAAUGA